ACAGCUGGUCGGAUGUAGGACAACGAACCGUUGAUGCGUGCACUAUCUAAGCUUAUAUACGUCAACAGUCCGGACGUCGUACUUUUUGUCGGUGAGGCGUUGGUCGGGAAUGAUGCUGUUGAUCAACUAUCAAAGUUCAAUCAGAAUCUAGCUGACCUUUCACCCUCACCGAUCCCGAGGUUGAUUGAUGGAAUUUUGCUAACCAAGUUUGAUACCAUCGAUGAUAAGAUGGUUCCAAGAGGACGUAUGUACCGUGGACCAGCUAGGAACAUAGCAGAUGCAAAUAUGGCGGCGGGUGUCGGCAGCGGAAUGCUUCCCGUAUCUUACGGCAUGGCGGGUGUUGGCGGCAUGCUUCCACUCGAUGCCGCUGCUUCCAUCCCACAACCAAUGCCAGUUACCUAUGCUUACAUGUCAAAAGAUCCAGCUGGACUUGCUCAAACAAAUAAAGGUUGGGUUGGACACAGCCAAGGUUCCCCAUCAUUUUGGAAACAGCCCGAUUCAUCCGAUUUUGUCUCAUUAAGUUCGAUUUUAUUUCAGGUCAUCGUUUGGGUGUUCUUUGAUCAGUUUGCUUUUAGAUUCCAGACACAAGCAAUUUCGUUUCAGCUAACUUUGAUUGUUGAAAGUAGUCGUUCCAUUGUGGUAAAAGGAGGCUGAACAACUUAUUUGAUACUAAAUAUUGUUUGGAGUGAAACCUCUUGAAGUUGCCAUCUGACAUCUGUCCGGAAGGUUGAUGGGUAAAUGUGUUAAUUUUCAAUUUGUAGAUUGUUGCCAAUAUUGAUGUUGGAAGUUGCAUAUACUUGAUGCAAUUAAAUGACAGACAAUUUGUAAACAUGUUCAUGGUAUUUUGACUUGCUGCAUCAGUGUCUGGUGCCUUUGUGUUCAAGACCUAUUGGUACGAAAAAAAUGUAACGACCAUGUUGUAAU